UUCGUGAAUGAAAUGGUCAGACUCCGAAGAGAUGGCAACCUCAAGUUGCUCGGCUUUUAAACCUCCCUCUCAUGCACAUAUAUAUAUAUGACUGCCUUUAACCUUUUCUCUCAACAACAAACUACUAGAGUCCUUCUAACCAAUAUUCAUAAGACACCGAGAUUCGCAGCCUCGGCUAGCUGUCUAGCAAAUCAGCACUCCAGAAAAUAUCCGUCUGAAAAGCUAGAAAAAAGAAGCAAAAAUCAUGGUAUGUUUCUGCUUUCUCGUUGAUCAGACAAGGAAAGUGAGCAGAAGUAAACCGGCGGCGGGGUUUUGCUCGCGGUGCGGUGGGGGAGCUAGUGUAGCUGAUAUGAAAACUUCUACAAGGUUUUGCUAUGUGCCUUUUUAUUGGAAAUCUUGGAGAGCAAUUAUAUGUACUUUUUGUGGAGCAAUUCUUCGAUCUUACCGUUGAAUUCAUGGGAUCCUACUAGUGUAUCUGUUUUUGCUUUUGCAUCUUUUUGCAAGGUCUAACAGUAAAUUUAGCUGGAAUCCGUAAUAUGUAUGAUUUCCAUUCUUUAAUAAUUAGUUUAAGGAGUGAUGUCCUCAUUCUCAUUUACAUUUAACAGCCUUCAGUUUUGCAUUUUUUCUUCCUUUUUCAUUUUUUUCCACUUUUUUUCUUCCAUUUGACUCUGUAAUGGGUUUAAUCUAGCGACUUGCUUCUGUAACAGAAGUUCUGUUCCGGUUGCUUCAAUGGAAGAAUGAAAAACGAGGGCGAAGGGCCGUAAGGGAAGAAAAGAAAAAUGAAAAAUAGUAAGAGCCACCAUAAAUUAUGGUCUAUAAACAAAGAGCCAUAGUAGUAAUUAAAAACUGGACAAUGCAUAGAUAAUAGAUCUGACACUCUGACGAUGACCAUAAAUUUGUACUGCCUUUAUACCUUUAAAGAUCAGCUCAAGACUGAUGGCUUUCAAUGGAAAAAAAAAGAAGGGUGGUUGACAACUUAAAUGAAAAGGACGGGUUUGUUACAGAAGUAGUUAUGUGGUAUUUAGAAGUUCUUAUUGUGUGUAUUGUGAAAACAUAAAAUGAGCUUACGUUAUUGUAGUGUUGGUGUAAAAUGUUUCAGCUGGCUGUUAACUUAUCGUGUUGAGUGGCUUUUCUCCAUAACUGUUUUGCCCAUCGAAUUAAGAAGCGGAGAGUAGAUACGGAUGCUGUGGUUGGAACUGGUCUGCUUCGAAGUAAUUGGGAGCUACCAUGAGUUUGUCAAUCACUUGAGAAAGCAGAAUCAAAUAAACCAUCUAAACCAUUGAUUGGCGAUAUAUGGCAAAUUUUAGAGCUGCCUGCUCUGGACCUAUAUCUUACCUCGAUUGCUUUCUUGUGCAGGCCGUAUAUCGUCCAAGGAAGAGUUUGACAGUGGCUCUACAAAUUAAUGGGUUGCUGAAAAUCGUAAGGUUGCAAAUUUCAGUAAACACAAGGUGUUGGUCGAUCGAGCCGACCAUCGUUCUGCCCUGCCAUACCGGGAACUGAGCCGUAAUGGUCAGGAACUUUGGCGAUCCAGUGGAACCAGAAAUGUUAACAAAAUACCUUUAAUAUAAAUUAACAUCUUAACUAAUCA